CAGUAGAUACGCAGGAGUCGGGCAGCUGCUCGGCUGUCAGAGAGCUGAAGCUGUUCAAUCAACAAACCCGGAAUUACUUCAUAUUUCACUUAAUUUAUCACAUCUCCUGUCAUGGAGCAAGCAAAGCAAGAUCGAUUUGAUCACGCCAGGCUGCAGGUGAUCAAAGAUGGCUACGAGAAGGCAUUUGAAUGCAUCAAUAAAGGACUGAACGAGGAUGAAGCAGGCCACAAAGAAGAAGCUCUCAAACUGUAUCAACAGGGGCGGCAGCACCUCCUCAGGGCUCUCAGUGUGCCCUCACAGGGCGUAGAGUGUGUGGGUCCUUCCUGGGAAUCGGCUAGACAAAUGCAACACAAGAUGCAGGAGACCCUCAGCAACAUCACCACCCGUCUAGCCAUGUUAGAAAUCACUCCGGCUCCAAACGAAGUCUCAAAUGGCACAGCAGCCGCUCAGAAACUCUACCCUGAAGUCCCGAAGGUGAUGCCACAGAGGCCGACUCCACCACAAACCAUCAACGACAGAGUUGCAGGAGCGUCAGGUGGGCAGACGUCUCCUACAGUACAACCCAAUAUAUUAUGCGAGCAGCCGCCUGCAUACACCCCUCAAGCUGCUGAUGGACAUCUGACCAUCUCCUAUGGCACAGAUUCAGGCGAACUCUCUGUGGUUGGCGAUGAGUUUUACAGUCAUACAACUAAUUCUACACCUGCUGGGAGUAGUCUGGGGGAGGAUGGAGAGGAACUGUUUUUUCUUCCUCAAGGGGUGCAGAUUUUUUUUGUCACCCCUGAGGGGCACGUGAGUGCUCCUUCUUACCCAGGGUACCUGCGCAUUGUGAAGUUCACCAGUGAGCAUUCAGAAAGGAUUCCCAACAGACCGCCUGCCUUUCUCCAGGUUUGUGACUGGCUGUACCCCCUGAUGUCCUCUGACUCUCCAGUCCUGCUCUGCAACACUGGGGUCUACAUGUUCCCCGACAUGAUGUCUCCCACUCCGGGCUCAUAUGUCGGGGUGGUCCUUUCAUCUGAGCUUCCCCAGAAGGAGCGUGAGCUCUUCCAGAAUGUUCUGUCUCAGCUGACUGACCUGCGUGUCCAGGUGAGCUGUCCCUGUGUCCUCUCCCAUCCCACCUCAGAAACACAGGGCUCAGCUGAGGCUUCGGAGCAGGCAUCAGAUGGUGCAACCGACACCAUUAACCUGGGUCAGAAGGUGCCGUUGGGGCCUCCAGCAGCUGAAGCAGCGCCACCUACUCCUGAGGAGGAAAAGGUGCUUCCUGAAUGGAGUGAGAAGGUGGCACAGGGCAUCCUGACUGGAGCUUCAUGGCUGAGCUGGGGGCUCGUGAAAGGAGCAGAGUACACAGGGAAAGCCAUACAUAAAGGAGCAUCGAAACUCCGAGAGCACAUCACUCCAGAAGACAAACCAGCUCAAGUCAGUCCCACUGUAUCCAAAAGCCUCCAUGUAGCCAAACAAGCCACAGGAGGAGCUGUGAAGGUCAGCCAGUUCCUUGUGGAUGGACUGUGCACUGUUGCUGGACAUGUUGGACGUGAGUUGGCUCCACAUGUGAAGAAACAUGGAGGGAAGCUCAUCCCAGAGUCUAUGAAGAAAGACAAGGAUGGACGAUCCAAUAUUGACGGUGCCAUGGUGGUGGCAGCAAGUGGAGUUCAAGGAUUUGCAACGAUGUGGACGGGGUUAGAGGUUGCAGCAAAGAACAUCGCAAAGAGUGUUGCUACUGAAACAGUUACCACAGUAAAACACAAGUAUGGGCCGGAUGCGGGUCAGGCCACAGACCAUGCCGUCAACUCUGCUAUCAAUGUGGGUGUCACGGCCUUCAAUAUCGACAACCUGGGGAUCAAAGCAAUGGUCAAGAAGACUGGCAAAGAAACUGCCCAUGCCCUUCUGUCAGACUACAAAGUCCAGCAGCCGGGCAGUGAAGUUGAGAAACACAAAGACCAAAAAUAGACAUGUUUCUGGUGUCCAUUUUUAAGAGCAAAAACCAAAAGUCAUGAUUUCAAAGAAUGAAUGAAGACAUGGAUGGAUUCUCGUUGUUUUUUUUUUUUUGUUUUUUCUUUUAAGUGAAUGCUUUUGGUUAUGUAACUGACUAUUAAUUCCAAAGUCUUUAUCAUGGUAAAUAGACUGGGUAAAUGGUAAACAGACAGCCCUGCCUGCCGGAAAGUGUUUCUAAUCUUUCCUUACACUUCACCAGCAAUAGUAACUCAACAUAUCACCAGUUAUUUUAAUUAUAUGUUGUUAUUUUUUAGGUUAUAUUAAAGCAUCAGUAGUUUUGCUUGGUUUAUAUCUUAUAAAUGGACGCUUUAAACAAAUUUCAAGCCAAAAAUGGACUUUACUGUUUUCCCAUAGAGCCUUAACAGAUGUUAUAUUCUUGUAUUUAAACAAAUAAAAAUAUAUCUGAGCUUUAAUUUGCUGUAUAUAUGUAUAGUAGUCAACAUUUGAAGUGGUUAAAGUUUCUUUUUAAUUAUUCAAGACAAGAAUGAGUGUUGAAUAGUUUUAGGACAGCUUUUAUAAAUGGUUUGACCCACUUCAAAUGUUGACCACGGUAUAUAUAUAAAUUGUAUGUGCUUCAUGGUAGAUAUUUUAUAUCUGCAGACCUGAUCGCUCUCUGUACUUUAAGGAUUUUUUGUGUGUGUUUUUAAAUAUUAAAAAGCACUUUAACCCUAGCUAACUGAUAUGGAUGGGCACUAGGUAUUGUGUGGAAAUUAGUGCUGUAAAAAUAGAAUUUCACUUGGAGUUGGAAAAAGAUGUGGUCAAAUAUUGGAAAUCUGUUUAAGACACCAGAAAGAUCUGACUUUGUGGGAACUGUUAAAAAACCUAUUGUUAAAUGUUUAAAUUAAACAUUUUAAAGGAGUGGGUUUUAUAUUUAAUGAUUAACUUUAUUAAGUUAUAAAAUGCUAUAUGUAUGACUUUCUCCAGCUGUAAAUAUUGACCACUCAUACAUGUCUAUGCAGUUUUUUUAAUGAAAACUGUUGAGAGUAAAACUUGAGAAAAAUAACUUAACUACUGACCACAUUUUCUAAAAAUUAUAGAGUAUUAUAACUGUCAUAAUAUUUCACUGUAUUAACAGACUUGUUAAUUCUAUAAUUGUCUCUUUAUGAAAUGUACUGUGUGUCAAUUAGUUUGCUCUGUGACAGAGCAUCUAAUAGUAUGGUUAUCUGACAUAAUAAAUUAUACAUUAAAAUGUU